UUUUCAACUUCACUCGCUCUUCUCCUCUUUCACCUUCACCUACCACACAACACCAAAUGGACCCCACACCAUCCUUCCAUCGCCGGCCAUCUUCCACCGCCGACCGCCUCCUCGGUGCCUUCACCUUCUUCCCCUCAUCCGCCACCACCUCCGCUGCCGAUGAGCUCAACGAAGCCGAGCUUUUCUGGUCCGAAUCGGGAAACCAAAGCCCGCCGGCAGAGGCAAAUCGCCGCCGGAACUUCGAUCGUGCACUGGACUCCGGCAUCCUCGCCGCGCUGACGGAGCCGGGUCUUCGUGGUAAGUUAUCUUCUUCGAGGAUGAUUCCUUCGUUGCGGAGACCUCCACCAGCUGCUCCGGUCAGCUCUGAGCAUCUGGCCCAGUCCGCGCCUUCUAGAAAGUUCCAGCAAUCGGCUCCUAUGAAGGUCCCGAUUCUUCUCUCGAAGGGCGUGCCGGCACGGAGGAACGUCGACGAGCUCGAGGACGACGACAUCGGAGGCGACGGGGAGAUGUUGCCGCCGCACGAAAUCGUGGCGAGGGGCUCCGGAGUUUCGCCGAAGACCACCUUUUCGGUGUUGGAAGGAGUUGGAAGAACACUGAAAGGGAGGGAUCUCCGUCAGGUGAGAAACGCCGUUUUGCGCAGAACCGGUUUUCUCGAUUAAUUAACAAUUACUGGCAUAUGUAUAUGGUGUUUUAUUCUCUAUUUAUAUAUGUAUUGAGUUGGGGAUGUCCAAUUUUGAUUCCUUCUUUGUACCAUCCAUGACCAUGAUAGCUUAGAUGAAAGAUGUUUUAGCUUUUCCAUGUAAGAUUAAGAUUAUCUGUUCCAUUUCGGUUACUCAUGUGAGAGUUGUGUUGUUGAAUGAUAUAUAAGUACCUCUGUAUGACAACAUAGUCCCGGAGGAGGCAUACCCGGGUGUGACCGAAGCGGAAUUCGCCCAAAUUUUUAUGAAGAGAAAAAAGACCUUCUCUUUGGAAAUUAAUGAUAUAAGUUUUGGGCAAGACAAAAUGAUAUAAGAUGUUCUUUGUUGAAUAUUUUCAUCUUUUUGUUAAGUAGGCAAGAUUUUUGGGAUGAAAAUUGUAAUUUGUGAACAUCCAGUUUAACUUUAUGGAAUAAUUGAUUUUGUGAUAUAA